AGAAUUCGAAUUCGUUUUGUUAUUUUUGUUUUUUACAACCAAAUUCGAAAUCCGCUUCAAAAUCUCUCCAGUAUUUUUCGUUUAAAUUUCUGAAUGCGACAGGAAUCACAAUGCUGUUGAACUGCACGAGGCUGACACACGGCUGCACGACUCUCCGGGUCACGCAAAUCAGCCAAAUCCGUUCGGCCACAUCAUAUAACCACCAUUUGGGCAGGUGCCUCCAUCGACGCACCACCAGGAUCGCAUCCCCACCCACUGGGCAGACCACCCACCAACCACUCCGCAUGCAGCAGUGGUGGUGCAUGCGUCGUGGUUUCGCCCAGAGCAGCAAGUGGUUGGCCAGGAAUGCCAAGGCGGACGCAGCACCUCCCAUUAGAGCCGGAAAAAUGGCCAGAUCCCAGUACGCCCGCCUGCUCAGCCUUACGAAAUCGGAGAAAUGGGUGCUCUCAGCUGGAAUCGGCUGCCUGGUCGUCUCCUCGGCGAUCACCAUGUCGGUGCCCCUCUUCCUGGGCAAGGUCAUCGAUGUGGUCUUCAAUAAAUCCGGAUUGGACAGCGCCGCCAUGGCCAAACUGGGCGAGUACUCCAUGCUGCUCCUCGGCAUCUUCGUUCUCGGCGGCUUCGCCAACUUUGCCCGCGUCCAUCUCUUCGGAAAUGCAGCUCUCCGGAUAGUUCGAAAUUUGAGAUCCCGGCUGUACAGAUCCAUGCUGAUGCAGGAGGUGGGCUGGUUCGAUACCAAGGGCACCGGCGAGCUGAUCAACCGGCUGAGCAACGACACUUACAUGGUGGGCAUGUCCCUCAGCCAGAAUGUCUCCGAUGGCCUGCGAUCGCUGGCCAUGAUUGGCGUCGGCACGGGCAUGAUGAUCUACACCUCGCCUCAGUUGGCGGCUGUGAGUGCCUUGGUGGUGCCUGCGAUGGCGGGCAUGGCCAUUGUCUAUGGACGAUACGUCAGGCGGAUCACCAAAACGGAACUGGACAAGCAGGCGGAGAUCAUGAAGUAUGCGGAGGAGCGUUUCGGGAAUGUGAAGACGGUGAAGACGUUCUGCCGGGAACAGCAGGAAUGCGCUGCCUUCGAUGGCAAACUGGGUGAAGCCCUACAAAUUGGCUACAAGGAGACGCGCGCCAGAGCUAUUUUCUUUGGAUUGACCGGCUUCUGUGGCAACUUCAUCAUUAUUUCUGUACUCUGGUACGGUGGAACCUUGGUUUUACAAGACUCCCUGACCAUUGGCGCCCUCACAGCCUUCAUGCUUUACGCCGGCUAUGUGGCCAUCUCGAUGAAUGGACUGUCUAAUUUCUACAGCCAGCUGAACAAGGGCAUCGGGGCCUCGGAGCGAAUUUGGGAGAUCCUCGACCGGGAGUGCACGAUACCCAUUGACCAGGGUAUCGUACCGCUGGAGAAACCUCUAGGCGAAGUGGGUUUCCAAAAUGUCUACUUCACUUUUCCCACUCGUCCCGAAUCCGCUGUGCUCUCCGAUUUCUCGCUGAAUCUGAUGCCUGGCAAAACGACGGCGGUGGUGGGACGUUCGGGAUCGGGAAAGACAACGAUAGCCUUGCUAAUGCUGCGACUCUAUGAUCCGCAAGCGGGCUCCGUCCAACUGGAUGGCAUUGAUCUGCGAACGGUGAAUCCCCAGUGGCUGAGGAAUAAUAUCGGCGCGGUCAGUCAGGAGCCGGUGCUCUUUUCCUCCUCGAUUCGUGAGAACAUCCUGUACGGUGCCAAUCCCGGCGAGACGCCGACGGAGGAGCAACUGCAGCGGGUCGUCGAAGAGGCGAAUGUCAGCCAGUUCACCGACCAACUGCCCGAUGGCCUGGAAACGCUCGUCGGCCAGCGGGGAAUGAUGCUCAGUGGUGGACAGAAGCAAAGAGUGGCGAUUGCCAGGGCGCUCAUUAAAAACCCCGCCAUCCUGAUUCUGGAUGAGGCCACCAGUGCUCUGGACGCCGUUUCGGAGAAUCUAGUGCAGAAUGCCCUUGAUAAUCUGGUUCAGGGACGCACCGUAUUGACCAUUGCCCACCGACUGAGCACAAUUCGGAAUGCCGAUUCCAUUGCCGUGCUGAGCGAGGGAAAGAUUGUGGAGCAGGGCAGCUACAAUGAACUGAUGGGCAUCCAGGAGGGCGUCUUCCGGGAACUGGUCGCCAGCCAGGCGUUCGCCGGACGAGAUUGAAGUCGAAGCUUCAGAUUGGGAGAGGGACUUAAGGAUUAGCUGGAUUAGAUUAGGUGCGGGCCCACCGCUGGUUGGUGGUGGCUCCGCUGGUGCAACUGUUACCGUGCUAUGUGUUCAUAGAUCAAAUGUUUUUAUUUCUUUGUACAAUACACACCAUUGACCGUUGUUAAAGAUU